AUGGCAAGUUGGGAUGAGAAACUUAUUACAGCUGCAGUGAAUGGGAAUAUAAAAGAGGUAGAAUUAUGUGUAAAGAACAGAGCUAACUUGGAAUAUAGAGAUUAUGGACAGACACCAUUAAUGUUUGCGGCUGUGUGGGGACACCUGGAGGUAGUGACUUACCUCGUCACUCACGGCAGUCAGUUAGAGACUACAGACCGGAUUGGACACACAGCUUUACAUCUUGCUGCUAAGUUUGGAUGGAUUGAUGUAACAAAAUGUUUAAUAGAUCAAGGAUGCAGUCCUUGGGUGAAAACAAAACAGGGUAAAACUCCUUAUGAUCUGGUAAAAAUAGGAAAAUAUGAUGAUGAAGAGAGAAAAAGGAAAAAGGAAGAAUUGAUGGACUUCCUUAAGACUGUAAUGUUACAGACUCCAGAAGAAUACAAUAACAUGAUGAAGAAGAAAAAACAGUCUACCAUGCUAAAUCGUUUAAAUCGUUUAACGGGUAAAGGUACCUACGAAUCGUAUGACAUGCGCUGUAUGGUUACAGGCCAGUUCGCCGUAGGUAAAUCGAGUCUGGUGAAGCUAUUAGUUGGGGACGUCAUACCCGAGGGGAGACAUCCUACAGAUGGUAUCUCUCUUCAUGAAGGUCGCUGUGGUCUUGAUGUCCAGACAAGAAAAUGGAUUCUUAUAAAUCCAGAAACGUAUAAUGCCAUGGAUGUUGUCUACAAUAAGGUUUUAAUGACUUCAAAUGAAGAAAUGGAACAUAAUCUAAAAGAAAAGUCAGACCAACAACAAGCAUCAGAUAGAAGUCCUUCUGGAAGUAAAGAUGAUGACAUGGUUAAUCCAGGUGUUCUACAGCAGUCACAAGCUAUGGCAUUGCCUCUCCCAUUAAACACAUCAGAUAAUCUCUCCAAACAACCUCCAGCAGCCCUAACGUUACCACCUCAGGCAUCCUCCAUUGUACCUCUAUCACGACAGCAGCUGAAACAGAAAAUGAAAGCUAAGAUUACUAAAGAUGAAAUCAGAAGAAAAAUGGAAAAAGUUUUAAAGAGCGGAAAAUACAAGAUGAAAGUGGGACGACUAAUCUUCUGGGAUUUUGGUGGACAGUAUGUAUAUUAUACAACACACCAGACCUUCAUGACCUACAGAGCUUUGUUUCUUGUUGUAUUUGAUGGAAGCAAAGGAUUACAUGAACAGGUUCCUGAUGUCUUGUGUUUUCCUGGGCAGCAUAUGACUCCAACACCAGCAGUAUUUUUACAACAUUGGGUCAACUGUAUCCUAACUUAUUGUAAGGCAGUAUAUACAGGAAUUCCAAAGAUUUUGUUUGUUGCUACUCAUAAAGACAAAGUACCAAAGGAGGAUAUUGAAACACGGCGUACAGAGUUAUAUAAUAGAGUAGAAGAUUUAUUUAAAGAUCAUGAAGGACGAGAACAUCUUGUCAUCGACAACCAAAUAUUUGUCAAUGCAACAGACAAAACAGAUCCAGAGAUCGAUGUCCUCAAGAAAGCAAUCACAGAUCUUACCUUUCAACAUCCAUGUUGGGGAGAGUCAAUGCCUAAUGCAUCUGUUCCCCUUGAACUUGAGAUUGCUAACCUUGUAGCCAACGGGAAACAAGUAUUGUCAUUGUUGGAAGUUGAAGAAUUAAAUGCCAUCAGCAAGGUGUCUGUCUUGUCUAAUGAAGAGCUCAGUACAUUUCUUCAUUUCCAGCACUCACUGGGGAAGAUGAUCUAUUUUGACACCCCACAGUUGAGAGGUUAUGUGAUCAUAAGUCCGCUACUUCUGGUGGAAGUUAUGCGAUCUUUUGUUACAGAUAUUGCCUUUUGGCCAAAGAAAGGUCUCAUUAGAAAUACUUUUGAAAGGAUGUCAGAGAGUGGAAUAAUACAAAGAAAAGAUCUUUAUCUUAUUUGGGAACAAAAGCACUUCAGUAAAAUAUCAACCUACAAAGAGUUCAUAUUUGCUAUGCUCAUCCACCUUGAUAUUCUAUCAGAGCAGCGUAGAUAUGAUAUUACUACAGGAAGUCGGUUACCAGUGGAAAACUUCUUUGUUCCCUGUAUGCUCACUCAAAGAAAUGACACAAGAUUCAUGACCCAUGAAUGCACACCAGAGAAAGCAAGCAGUCUAGCUUUUGUUUUCAAAGGGACAAUAAUACCACCAGCCUUACCGAAUCGUCUCAUUAGCGCAUGUCUCAGUAUGUGGACCGUAAAGACGUAUGAAGGAAAACAACUCCUGUUUUCAGGAUUCGUUGGUUUAUCAUUCGAUAAAGCACAUGAUAUUGUAGUAUGUGUUGAAGGUAACAAGAUAUUGCUCUACAUAGUCCAUGCAACCUCCAAUGGACUGAUCGUACCAGAUAUUGCCACUGGUAUCAAGGAAUGCAUGUAUACAACACUAGAGAGAAUCUCAGAGUUCUAUAAGUCCACAGUCUCCUCCAGCAGCCAAAAACUACCCUUCCACAUUGAAUAUGCAUGCUCCAGGUUAGAAUGCCAUAUAACUGAAGAGGCAGCAUUCACAACUGAUGAAUGGAUUUGUGAUAAACAUGAUAUUGUACAUACCAAAGACAAGUGGAAUAUUUGGAAUCAAGAUCAGGCAAAAGAAGAAUGUGAAAUAAACUGUCAAGGUUUACAAGAAGACGCCUUGAAUCAGAUUCCAAGUGAUAUUGAACUUCAACGAUUUUCAUCACGAUGUGAGGAAACCGUAAUACGAGAGUUGGCUAUACAUCUUGGUAUUACUUUGCACGAAUGGGAAAAACUCAGAUCUGAUUAUGAAUUUGUCGACAUUGUUAAGUAUAGAGCACUGGUCACCUGGAGAGAAAAGUAUUCCGGAAGAUUCAGUAACAUAGCAAAAGCUUUACAGGAUAUGGAUUUGACUACCCACACACUGUGUCAGGUAAAAAGAAUCAGAAAAGGUCAUUGUGUUAUCAAUGAAGAAUACAUGGAUUUAAUUCCAACAGAUGAAAUACUAGAUAAACUGGCACAAGUAAUAGGUGUAGUAUCCUUCCAACUGGGUUUAGAAUUAGGAUUACCUAUAACAUCAAUAGAUAUUAUACAGUAUAACAAUGGUCGGGAUUUGGUGGCACAAUGUAAAGAUAUAUUAUUUCAAUGGAGAGAAGACCAGAGAGUCCGGCCAACUAUACGUGUUCUGGUCCAAGCUCUGGUAAAUGUUGAUAGAGGUGCUAAAUGUUUGGAGGAAAUCAUUAAAACAGUUGGUGUGAAGAAAUACACCCUACGCGAGGAAGUUGAAGAGGAGAAGGGAGGAAAAAUUAAAACACUCCUGAAAAACCUGAAUCCUUUCCAGAAGAAGAAAUAGGAUCAAUGUUUCAGUUAGUAUUUUUUAUUGUAACCAAGUUUUUAUACCAUCUAGGCUGUGUGUUAAUCUUGGGGAACAGUUUGUUAUAGUGCCUGGUGUGGUUUUCAUGUUAUUAAUAGCAAAUUAUUUAAAAACAAGAGCAAAAAACCAACUCCUAACAAAUACAACUUGGAAAUAUAUCUGAACAAAAUGUUGAUCACUCUAUUACAUUGUAACUAGUGAUUUAAAGAGUAUAUUCAUGCAAUCUUGUCUUAAUAAACAAUCCGUUUAAUAUACGUUUAACUGUAGUGUUGUGUUUUUGUCGAGCCUUCGACUUUAGUCGAAAAAGUGAGACUAAGCGAUCCUACAUUCCGUUGUCGGCGGCGGCGGCGUCCACAAAUAUUCACUCUGUGGUUAAAGUUUUUGAAAAUUUAAUAACUUUCUUAAACUAUCCUGGAUCCUGGGUUUGUACCAAACUUGGACAGAAAGUUUUUUUAUGAUCAUAAGAUAGUAUCCAGAAGUAAAUUUUGUAAAAAUAAAAUUCCAUUUUUUCUGUAUUUUAUUUAUAAAUGGACUUAGUUUUUCUGCGGGGAAACAUUACAUUCACUCUAUGGUUAAAGUUUUAAAAUUUGAAUAUCUUUCUUAAACUAUACCGGAUUUCUACCAAACUUGGACAGAAGCUUGUUCCUGAUCAGAAGAUAGUAUCCAGAAGUAAAUUUUGUAAGAAUAAAAUUCCAUUUUUUCUGUAUUUUAUUUAUAAAUGGACUUAGUUUUUCUGCGGGGAAACAUUACAUUCACUCUGUGGUUAAAGUUUUAAAAUUUGAGUAUCUUUCUUAAACUAUACCGGAUUUCUACCAAACUUGGACAGAAGCUUGUUCCUGAUCAGAAGAUAGUAUCCAGAAGUAAAUUUUGUAAAAAUAAAAUUCCAUUUUUUCUGUAUUUUAUUUAUAAAUGGACUUAGUUUUUUUCUGCGGGGAAACAUCAUGCACAUUCACUCUGUGGUUAAAGUUUAUAAAAUUUUAAUAACUUUCUUUAACUAUCCUGGGUUUGUACCAAACUUGGACAGAAGCUUGUUUAUGAUGAUAAGAUAUUAUCCAGAAGUAAAUUUUGUAAAAAAAUAUUUUUUUUUUCCGUAUUAUACUUUUAAAUGGACUUGGGUUUUCUGCCAGGAAACAACACAUUCACUCUGUGCUUAAAUUUUUAAAAAAAUUAAUGACUUUCUUAUACUAUUUUAAAUUUGUACCAAACUUGGACAGAAGCUUGUUUAUGAUCAAAAGCUAGUAUCUAGAAAGGAAAUUUUGUUAAUAUUUGGUACCUGUAUAUCUGUAUUUUAUUUAUAAAUGGACUUAGUUUUUCUUCCAGUUAACAUUACAUACAGUCUGCAGUUAAAGUUUCAAAACAUUUAUUCGAUUCAUAAACUAUCCUGAAAUUUUUACCAAACUUGAACAGAAGCUUCUUACAAUCAAAAGAUAGUAUCAAGAGGAAUAUUUUUAUUGAUUGUUUUCCUCAUUUUUGUUGAGCCUGGGAGUUACAGCAAAAGUAGGCGAGACACUGGGUUCCGCGGAACCCUUACAAUUUUUUUUAGUAUGAUGGAUAUAUAUUACACUUUUACAAGUUUGAAGGAAAUGUUUUAUCUUUUCACAGUUUUGUGCAGUAACACUUAUACUUUUUAUUUUGUAACAAAGCUAAACAUUUCCUUCCAUCGAGCUAUUAAAGCUUAUGAGGAUGCAAAAUAUUACAGUUUUGAUGAACAAGUCCACACCAAACUGAAAUUUAAUAUAUAUUUGUACAGUGCUGUUUGUCACUUUCAGAAGCAAUAUCACAAAGACUUCUCGUUACCAUGCAAAUAUAUAUCGCAAUGUUUGAUAACUGUCUGAAAAAAUUGUCUGGAUAAAGAAAGUCCUAACUGUUAAAGUACUUUGUAAUUUGUGUGUGGUUGCAUUUGUGCUUUGAGUUAAAUAUCAAUUGAUGUACUAAGGAUAUCACUUUAUGUCCAAUAUAUAUAUAAUUAUACAAUACAUUUGAUUUCAUUUCUGUUUUAUUAUUAGUUUAUGAAACUCAUACGAAAACUUUUAUAACACUACUUGGUUUAUCUAAAAUAGCCAAAAAAGUAUAUUCAAUUUGAUGUCAUCACUUUGCAUAUUCCAUCUAUAGUGCAUUGCUAAAUUUCCUCUUCUGUGCUAUGACAUUGAUAGGUAUAACAGAAGAUUCUGAUUGAACUUUUAAAUUCCUUUUAAGCUAGCCGUCAGGGUGGAUUUAAAUUUUACAAAGGGACUUAUUUAGUAGUUACAUAUCAUAUGAAAACUUAUCAAAGAUAUCAGGCUAAAUAAUUAGGGGGUUAGACACACGGAUCGUCUAUAUAAGUCUCAUCCAUGAGGCACGAAUCAAACAGGAACCAAAUCUACAAUGAGCAAUGAACGAAGUUGAAGAGCUAUCCCAUGUAAUUAAAUGUUACAAUAAUGCACUAUUUCUAUUAUCUCUCAUAUUACACCAUAUGUUACUGUUGAAUAAUUCCUUUUAAUCCAAUUUGAUCCUGUUCUUUUUAUCUUCAUCAGUUGUUUUUGUAUUUAACAUGUUGAGCUAGUUGAUCUACGUUUUAUAUCAAAUUAUUGCUAUGGGACUUUCCAUUUCAAAAAUAAUAGUUAGUUUUCUCUGUACAGAUGACUUUUGCAUGUUAUUUGUUUACUGCUAUGGGACUUUUCAUUUCAAAAAUACUAGUUAGUUUUCUCUGUACAGAUGGCUUUUGCAUGUUAUUUGUUUACUACUAUGGGACUUUUCAUUUCAAAAAUACUAGUUAGUUUUCUCUGUACAGGUGGCUUUUGCAUGUUAUUUGUUUACUGCUAUGGGACUUUUCAUUUCAAAAAUACUAGUUAGUUUUCUCUGUACAAAUGAUUUUUGCAUGUUAUUUAUUUACUGCUAUGGGACUUUUUAUUUCAAAAAUAAUAGUUAGUUUUCUCUGUACAGAUCACUUUUGAAUGUUACUUUUUUUACUGCUAUCUGACUUUUCAUUCUAAAAAUACUAGUUAGUCUUCUCUGUACAGAUGACUUUUGCAUGUUACUUUUUUUUACUGCUAUGGGACUUUUCAUUUCAAAAAAAUUAGUUAAUUUUCUCUGUACAGAUGACUUUUGCAUGUUAUUAUACGACCGUAACAAAAUUUUACGGUCGUAUAUUGGUAUCACGUUGUGGUCAUCGUCGUCCGAAAAGACAGUUGGUUUCCGGACAAUCACUUUAGUAUGAUUAAAUAGAAAUCUUUAAAAUUCAAACACAAGGUUUAUAACCACAAAAGGAAGGUUGGGAUUGAUUUUGGGGGUUAUGGUCCUAACAGUUUAGGAAUUAUGGGCCAAAAAGGGGCACAAAUAAGCAUUUUUAUAGUUUCCAGACAAUAUCUUGUGGAACGGUGUAUGGAUCUCUCUGAAAUUAUACCACAGGUUUCUAUACCACAAAGGGAUGGUUAGGAUUUGAUUUGGGGGUUAUGGCUCAAACCGUUUAGGG